AUGCCAGGUGGAAGUUUUUUCGAGCCAAAAAACUUGGCAUUUGGAACGGCAUUACCGCUCACAUUUUUUUUCUCUUGGUUGGGUUUAGGUUCCACACCGAUUCCCGUAUAUCCGUUAUUUGACUUGCCGUUGAUAGUAUUUUUAGUACGCGCAACAAAAACCAUAUUAUAUGAUAGUCUAUUAUUCGGUUUUUUAGCAUUCAGCAUAGGACUAUCAUAUAGAGACUCUUCAUCCACCGCUCUAAAUUCUCCAUUUGAUAAUCUAGCGGUAAUUAUAUUAGUCGGAUCUGUGAUCGCGUUCUUAACAAUUUUACCAGCCUACGUCGAAAAAACGAUCAAUGAGAAAUUAAAGAAGUCCAAUUUCUUUUUGUUUGCUGGUCUUUGGAUGGCCGUAUGGUUAGUCUAUCGCAGGUACUCGCCUUUUGGUUCGUGGGGAGACUGGGCGUAUACGAUACAAGGCGCUGGUGAUGCGUUAAUUCAAUCUGCAUCGCUCUUUGGACUUAGUGGGAUAGAUUUUCUACUUGCGUGGUGGGCGCACGUCGGUGCCGAAAUUUUAAAUGAGCUUACAAAUGCUGGUGCCGGUCAAGAUGACCUUAUUUCUUAUGAAGACGACGACGAAGGUACACCGUUGCUAUCACGUGAUCAGAGAGAAAUUGCAAAUCAACGAUCGCGUAAAAGGAAAAUUCUUUCGUUGUUUGUAUUUCUCGCCGUUUUUACAUACGGAGCAUCAAGAAUAAACGAUAUAGAAACCAACACCCAAACAUCCAAUAUAGUCAAAGUAGCAUGCGCUUUGUCGUCGCCAUCAAUCGACGAAUCACCAAAAAGUGAAAUGAUUAAACGCACCAAAAAAUUAGUCACUAUAGCAAAACUGGUAUUAUGGUCCGAAUCAGCAGUGCGUCUAGAGUCCACAAACGAAAUGGAACAAUUUCUAACGGAGAUCAAGAGCUUUAGUACAAAUCACUCUAAUGUCGGUGUAACGUACAUUGUGCCGACUGGGGACGGUAAAUAUCGGAAUGUCUUGAGUUUUAUAAACAGAGAAGGCGAAGUAGUUUUCAAUUAUACAAAAACCCAUCCUGUACCAAUUGCCGAGGGGUAUUCUACAAUAUCAGGUCCCGGCAUAUUACCAAUUACAGAAAUUGACGUCCGAGAAGCAAAAAAGACACCUUUACCACUUAAGAUCAGCGCAGCUAUUUGUUUCGACAUGGACUUCCCUUCACUUGUUGCAGGAGCUGCUAGUGCUAAUUUAAUGCUUUCGCCAGCACAAACUUGGUCUUCGCGGAUUGGCUUAGAACAUUUACGUAUGGCCAGUGUUCGAGCAAUUGAACAAGGAUUUUGGCUAUUACGUUGUGACGCCGGUGGUGUUAGUGGUUUGGUGGAUGACAUAGGAAGAAUACGAAAUUGGCAAGUUGCCUCAAAAGACGGUGUCAAUGAUUUAAUUUUUGAUUUACCGCUCAGUGAAAAAAGGACGACUAUAUAUUCCAAAUUUGGAGAUUGGGGCCCGUUGGCAAUUUUGGCAUUGAUUGCUCUGUUAACGGCCGUGCCAGGAUCAUACGUAGAAAGCUUCGAAGAGCAUACCGAUAAUUUGUGUGCAAAUGCUUAUAAAAAAGCAUUGGAUGCACUUCCGCGUAGUUCACAAAAUAACGCGAGUUAUUUGUAG